AUGGAGAUGAAUUUAACUUUUACAGAAAAUCGAUCUAUUAAAGUUAUAAUUCUACCAAUUGGCGACAUAUCACCAGAAAAAUAUAAAGAAUAUACAAGUUUAAUCAAAACAAUUAAUAUUAUAGAACUAAGUAGUAUAACUAGAAGUCAAAAUGAAUCAACACCAUUUGAAAAAAUUUCAUGGGUUGAUGGAAGUAUGUUAUUAAAUUUUGUAGAUGCAUCAUCCUAUCAAAGAUCAGAAUAUGAAGAGUUUCAAACUUAUAAAAAAGUAUUUGGUGUUAUAGGUGUUGUGGAUUGUAAAAAGAGCAAAGACUUGAUGGUAACUAAAAAGUUAUUCGAACAGGCAGUUAAUCAAUAUCCAUCAUGUGUUUCAUCGUUAUGUUGUGCAUUUGACCCAAUGGACGAUCAACAAGAUUUAGGUUUAGGCGCAAAUUUAAUUAUGAUCCCAAAUAACAGUGAUCGUAAACAUUUAAUAUUCUACUUGACAACUCUACUCAUAGACUUUAGUCACAUGAUAUUAAAACAUUUUGAAAAAGUAGUUAGCGAAUCAGAUGCAAGUAGUGGUAAUACAAGUGGUAUUGGUUUAUCAAUUAAUACUGCUAGUGGUAGUUCAACUACUAGUACAAACAACUCAUUAAUUACAACACCGCUAGACUCUGUAAAACUAUGGGAUGAAAUUAACAGGGCUAAAAAGAGAAAAGCUGGUAGACUAAAUAAAUGUAAAGGUGAUUAUUGUUUACUAGCGGGCUCUCCAUUGGAUGCAUUCAAAUACUAUGACCAAUCUCUAGAGUCUUGCAGAAACAACAGUGAUUUAGAAUGGUUGGGCGGUUCAUGCGAAGGUUAUAUUUCAGCUGUAUUAUUAAAAAGAAAUCAAGAAUACAAUCAACAAAAUCACUCAACAAAACCAUUAAGUCCAAAUAUUACAUUCACACCAGGUGGGCCUGGUUAUAGUGGCGUUGGUAGUGGUCCAAAUAGUAUGAGCGCAACAGAUAUACAGAUUCAAGGUGAUGAUACAUUAAUUAAAGAUUUAGCCAAUGAAGCUAUCCAAAGUUACAAUAAGAGAAAAACCGUACGAUUUGAAAUCGAUGUUAUUUUAAAAUUUGCAAACUAUCAUAUAUCCAUGGAUAGAAAGAUUGAAGCAUCCGAGCUUUUAACCAAUGCCAACGAUAUAUCUUGGGAACUAACUUUCCACGAUAGAAUUCCUCUUGCCUGCUCAAUUGGUCUAUUGUACUAUAGUAUGGGUUUCAAAAGAAAGUUUGCAUUCUAUUUACGUGAAGCUGCCUUUCUCUUCACCACGAAACCUGAAAACUGGGAAAAAAUAAGCAAUCUACUUCUUAUAGCCUCAAAGUAUUAUCAAUUAGAUGAUUUAUUUGCAAACUCACCAUCAACUUUUUUGGACGAAAAUACAAACAAAACCUUAAGCUUUACAUUAAAUCAAAUAAAAAAAUCGAAUAGUGUCACAAGAAGUGGCAGCAGCUCAAAUAAAAGCUCACCAUCAGGUCAACAAUUUCAACCACAAAACAAUCAAUUCUAUCCAUCGAAUCAACAACAACAGCAGCAACAGGGAUCAUCAUCUAAACCACUUAUUAAAUUCAACACCAAUAUACCAGACCUUUCAAUUAGAAAACCAAAAUAUGGCUGGACCACCAUUCAAAGAUAUAUUAUAUACAACCUUAUCUCUGUAAGCAGUAAUCUUAAUGACUCUUUGAAUAUUUGCAAAUAUAUUAUUUAUUUAUUAAGAACCCAGUAUAAACAAAUUGCACAGACUAAACAACAUGAAUUUCAAGUUGACCUUAGCCAUCACAGUAAAGCCCUGCCACUUUCAAUCAAUACAAAUGUCCAUAUGAAUUCAUUAGGCCUACCAUUUAUUACUAAAGUUAUUCCAAUGUCUUUACCUGAACAUUUAGAACCAAUUGUUCGUCCAAACACAUCAUCAAACUCAACAAGUGCUCGUGAUAAGUUCUUUAUCUACUCUCCAUACGAAAAGACCGAACAAUCAAUAAAGAAAAUUAUUUGGACCGAGCAAGAGGAGUGUUCUGUUUUGGUGACCCUAUCCAAUCCAUUUUCAUUCGAUAUCUUUAUUCAAUCACUCACACUCAGUACUGCAGGUGUACCAUUUGAAUCUUAUCCACUCUCUUUUAAAAUUCUUUCGUUAACCGAGAGUAUGGAUAUAGUUAUUAGCGGACGUGCAUUAUGUGCUGGUCCAUUAAUUAUCAAAGGUGUUUUUAUUAGAUCCUACAACUUAUUAAGCGAAUAUCCAAUUAAUCCACAAGGUCGUGCCAUUUCAUUAAAUGAAUACUAUGAUCUAGUACGUAAAGAUGCAUACAAGGUAGAAGCAUGGGAAGUACCAGUAGAACCAGAUGAAACCGUUAUAAACAAGAUCAAGGUGGUUCCACGUUUACCAUUACUUAAUGUCUACGUUCCAACUAUGGGUAAUACAUUAAAUUUAUUUGCAGGUGAAUCAUGUACAUUUAAUUUCAAAUUUGAAAAUAUUGGUUGUGUACCAAUCGAAUCAAUUAUAAUCACCUUAAAUGAAUUUGAUAAAACAUUAAAGAAAAAGGUACUAUCCCAAAAUGAAGCCUAUUUAACAGAUCAAGACGACGAAUCAAUCUCAUAUUCAUGGAAUAGUAAUAUAAUUCAAUCAAAUUUACCAUUGUUACCUGGAAAAUCUUUUAAUUUACCGAUCGAAAUCUUUACAAAACCAUUUUUAAUAGGUAAUCAAUUUGUAAUUAAUUAUUAUAGUAAUAAUGGUAACCAAACAAACUCGAUAUCGGUAUCAAUACCCUCAAUCGAAGAUAAUAGUACCACCACAGCAUUGUCAGUAAAUAACAAUGCAAACUCUAUAGUAAAUUAUCAACGUAAAAUAUCAAUACCCUUACAAAUGUUCAUAACACAUGGUCCAAAACUCCAUAGUUUUGAUAUUGUAUAUGCAAGCUCCAAAACUAUUAAAUCACUAUCGCCAUAUUUAUUAGAGAAGCCAACUCAACAACAAGAAGGUUCAACAUCAUUAUCAUCAUCGCUAUCAAAUCUAUCUAUUAAUAGUAGUGGAUAUUUAGAAAUUCCAGAGAAUAUAUACAACGACUAUUGCCUAUUAUUAUUCGAUAUUGAAAACUGCACAUCAACACACACAUUCACAAUAUCAUCACAAUUAAACAAUGUGGACAAUCAUCAAAAAGUAUUAUUUGAAAAGUCAAUGUCAGAAUGCAAAUUUAUUCUAUCACCAAAUUCAAUCAUUACCAUUGUAGUACCAAUGAAAAGAGAAGCAUUACCAGAAUCAUUACCAAUGCUAAGACAAGCUAGAGGUCAAUACAUCAAACCAAAGAAAAAGUUAACUGAAUAUGAAGAGUAUAUGAACCGUUUAAUCCAAUAUUAUAAAGAUCUCUUUAUUCAAAACAUCAGAUUAAAUUGGACUUCUUCAGAUAACACUAAGGGUAUAAUAUUGUUAAACAAUAUCAAACUCACACCAAAAAGACUUCAAAAAUUAAAUAAUGACUCUGUGCUUAUUGAAUUCAAAGAUAAUCAAUUAUUAAAAAAUGUUCAACUUGGCGAAUUCACCUCAAUAGAAGUUUCUGUAAAGAAUUUAACCAACCAAGUAAUUAAUGGCUUAGUAUUACAUAUCCAACCAACCAUAGAUCAACAAUUACCAAACAAGUUACAAUCCCUAAAUGACCUCUCCAAGAAAUUAGGUUAUGUAGGCUCACUCACCACUCCAAUAUCGGAGCUCCAACCUAAUUCUACCUACAAUCACAAAUUGGAUGUUAUAUUUUUCGAAAGAGAAUCCUUUAAAUUUAUUGUUACUUGCGAACUAUUUAAAACCAAACAAAUUAUACCCUCGACCCAUUCACUAACAAUAAUGAUAAACUAA